CAGUCGGCUGACUUCAGUGCGGAGGGGUUUUUCAAAAAGCAUUUCUACUCACCGUGGUGUUGGAUGCUUCGGCGACAGACAUUAUCGUUUUUAGCCAAGAAUUCCUUGUAUGUUGAGGAUGAGUUCUGUCGAGGUGAAUGAUGAGAACUGUGGGGUCGUCCCAACAGGAAAGCACACUGGUUUAAGUCAAGAUAUAUUUGCCCUGGAUCAGCCCACUGGGAGGCCAUCUAUCCUGCGGCAGACGGAGAACCUUCCUAACAGGACUGUGGCAAAGGGGAUAAAGGUUUGUUUUCAGACCCCAAGGAGAGACCCUGUAACUAAAAGAAUUAUGUCCCCCAGCAAGUCUGUCAACUUGUCAAGCUUGGAUGAGUGCACUAAAGCAAUGGAGGGCUUACAGUUGGAGAAGUCAGAUACUGUGCCACAGGAACCUGCUGAGUACAAAAAAGAGAUGUCCUCUUACCCUGAUGACAACAUGCCUAUACAAAGCAACAGUGGCUGUCGGUUGGAUUUUGACAACAUUGAUGCUAUCGAUCCAUUUCAGGGCUCAAAUAAGAUGGCCCUCUCUCCUGUAGUUCCUGCUGUUAGGAGUUCUCCUACAAAUAAUACUGAGCCUGAACCAGAAAACUCCCUGGACGAGCCAAACAAAAUGGAUCCAACACUAGACGGCACACUUCCAUUCACCCCGUCUCUGGAGAACUCACUCGCUGACUUCUCCAACAUCAGCUCCACAGAGAGCAGUGUCGUCACUGUGACCGUGCCCAGUGUCCCGGCAGUGGAAGAUUCAUCCUCGGCCACACCUGAUGAGAAACAACCCAGUAACACGUCUGAAAGCACUGAUCAAGGCAAAACAUCUGGCAGUUUUGUGGAGGAAGCUCCACUUACUGCAAAAGGAUGCUACAACUUGGAUUUUGACAAACUUGAUGCAAUCAAUCCUUUCCAGACUGGCGGCUCUAAAAUUCCAAAUUCACCUGUUCCUGAGAAAAAGGUAUCAAAUGAUGAUCCACCUGCAGAAGAAAGCAAACCUGUGGACGUUGAGGCUCCUGAAGUGGUGGAAGAAUUACCUGUCCAGGAUGUGGAGCCCAUAACUACGGUGGCCCCAGAACAUGACGGUACAGCCAAUCCUCCAGCAGCCGAAUGCGAGCCUGCUGAUGCUCCAGUCCAAGGAGCAUCAGUCAAACUUGAGUUCACCUUCGGGGAUGGAGAUGACGUCAAACGAAAACCACCACCCAAAAAGUUUGGCAAAAGGCCUUCAGCUCCAAAACCUAAAGAGGAAAAGUCAACAUCUGAAGUGAAAGCAUCAAAAGAAGCUCCUGUGAAGCCCACUGCCGAUGAUGUUGAUGAUAUUCCCCUUUCUAAAGGCUCUUACUGCCUCGAAUCUGAGAAAUUUGAUGACCCAUACUUCAAUCCUUUUGGAACCAAUACAAACAUGGCCAAUUCUCCAAAGUGCAGCGACAAACCCGACCCUGUGCUGAAGGAAACAGACCUUCCAGAGCAAAAUGACAAACCUGAUGAAAAGGAAGCUGGAUCUCCAGAGGGUGCUGGAGACAGUUUGCYAACUGUUGAACCCACUUCCAAAGUGAUUGCUGAUCACAAGGUUGCUUCUGAUCCUGACAAAGAGAUUCUGCACAAAAGUGAGCAACUCAUGCAGCAUGUUCCUGAGCAACCCGACCAGAAAUCACAAACAGGAAUGUCUGAGCUCAAUGAAGAGUUUGUUCCUGGAACAACAUUUAUGGCCAAUGACUUCGAUGGGCAGAUUGACUACCUUGAACAGUUUGGCUCCAGCAGUUUUAAAGAGUCUGCACUUCGUAAACAAUCCUUGUAUUUAAAAUUUGAUCCCCUCUUGAGAGAGAGUCCGAAGAAGUCAGCAGGCCCAGCUGCUCAGAUGCACGUCGCUGCCCCCGCAGCCUUGGCCUCACGACUUGCAAUUCUUCAAACGGCAGAAAGAGAGAYGACAAAAGACUUUCAAAAAGAUGGUCUCAAACUGUUGGAGGACACAACAACCCCAGCUCUGAUCAUUGAAAGCAUCAUCCCUCCUUUCCCCCAACCUUCAAACACUGAAGAUGCUAUAAUUGAAGUACUGAAAUACAGUCAGAAGGACAUGGAUGCAGCCAUCGCUAAAGUGCAAGCAGAGGGCCAGGAAAAAGAGGAACAGUGGAGUGCCAAAUUUAAAAAGCUGCAGGACGAUGGUCAGGAAUUGAGGAAAAUAAUUGCUGAAUAUGAGCUCGUGAUUGCAAACAUGAUGAGUGAUCACGAGAAGCAAAAGGAGUUGGCCCAGGCGAAACUCAACGCUGCUCUGCUGGAGAAGGAGCAAGUGUCCAACGACCUGAACAGCUUGGAGAAAUCAUUUGCCGAGCUUUUUAAAAGACUGGAGAAGUACAAGACUGUUAUUGAAGGUUACAAAAAGAAUGAAGAGACUCUGAAGCACUGUGCACAGGAGUACUUAGCAAGGAUCAAGCAGGAGGAGCAGAGAUACCAGACUCUAAAAGCUCAUGCUGAGGAGAAAAUUGGCCUGGCAAAUGGAGAAAUCGCUGAGGUACGAUCUAAAUACAAAGGUGAGCUAUCGGCUCUUCAGGUGCAGCUGCGUCGAGAGCAGCUGAAGGUUCAGUCACUGGAAAAGAACCUGGAGCAGAAAGAAAAAGAAGCAGAAGAGCUCACAAAACUUUGUGAUGAACUGAUAUCCAACGUUCAGAAGGGCUGAAUUGUUUCUGGUUUACUGUCAUUCUAGAUCCUCUUCUCAUGUAUUAUAUUUUUGUGUUUUAUGUCCCCUUUUACUACUGUUUAAAAUAAAGACCUUAAAUUUUA